CCACUUUUUUGACAUGAUGUCUGUUUCCAGACUGACUGGAUGUAGAAAUCCAGUUUCUUUCUGACCACAGGGAUUUCGGGUUUCCUCCGAUAUUGUCCGAAGCAAUACAAAGCGGUAUAUGCGCAGUGACUUGAUUGCGACAAAUGCGAAGUACUACCACAAUGCAACAUCCCAUUUGUUUUCCCACAACAGCUCAAAUACCCAUAACUGGACUAUUGAUGACUCUGAAUCGCAAGGAUGAUCAACUCGAUCUUCUCCAGCGCUAUUUCGAGACCAGGGCCUAAAACCCAUCCUGCACAAUAACAUGUCGCUGUGCGUUAUUCCCUCUUUAACGAGCCUCCUGAGAGCAUUUUCGCCAGAUCCCAGUGAGAAUGCGCUAACAUGGUCCGUUUGACCAUCGGUGCAUCAUACACACCAUUGGUCGUGAUUCACCCGGCGAAAAAAAAUUCAUGGUAGUUUGUAGCAACUGUAGUUCGAAGCCGCAAAGGUUAUGUCGUUUUUGAAAGAGCCUCUUAGCCGCCUCAAAUGGGGAUUUAUCCCCGUAAGACGAAUCGUCGACGAAGAUAUCGAACCCCAGGACCUGAUGUCGGAUUCCAAAGAGUCUCUUCAAGAGAGCAACUAUGAAAACCUGGAGACUUCUUUGGACACUGAAUUGAUCGAAUAUCGCGACGAGGCCAAUCGGCCAUGGUGGAAGUUCUUUGACGAGUAUGAAUACAGGUUGAACAAGCAUGUUCGGACCGGCCGCAAAUGGUACAAGUGGUUUGACGACAAGGACACACCAGAAGAGCGGAAGUUGCACAUAAAGAUCGAUAUUUUGUUAACAUUUUAUGCGCUCAUUGCGUAUUGGGCCAAGUACUUGGACCAGACCAAUUUGAACAACGCCUAUGUGGCGGGCUUAAAAGAGUCUCUUGACAUGUCUGGCAACGACUUGGUUAACACACAGGUGCUUUUUUCUGUGGGGAACAUUAUUUUCCAGCUUCCUUUUAUUUAUGUGUUGAAUGGUCUUCCUCUCAACUAUGUGUUGCCCUGCUUGGACAUCUGCUGGUCGCUUUUCACUAUUGGUGCAUCAAAGGUGACUUCGCUCACCCAGCUCAAAGUCAUUCGAUUUUUCGUGGGUGUGUUCGAAGCGCCGUUGUACUUAUCAUUCAUGUAUUUGAUUGGGACGUUCACCUUCGACCCAGCAAUGCUUGCCAGAAGAACCAUGAUUUUUUACUUUGGCCAGUACUUGGGUAUCCUAACAUCGGGUCUAAUUUCUGGCGCCAUUGUGCGGAAUUUCGAUGGAGUGGGUGGGCUCGAUGCCUGGCGGUGGAUCUUUAUAAUUGACGGAAUUCUUUCAGUGGGCGUGGGAAUCCUUGGAUUUUACAUGUUACCUGGUACUCCCACCGAUUGCUACUCGAUUUGGUUGACAGAUGAUGAGAUCCGGCUAUUGAGAAGAAAGCUCAAGGAAAACCACACUGCAGGCAGACCUCACGACAAUUUGUUCAAGGCGCUAUUCUCCUGGAAUAUCUGGAAGCUGAUUCUCACAUCUUGGGAAAUCUACGUGAUCACAGUCUGGAUUUUUCUUGUGUGCAAUAACAGCAGUGGCAUAUCAGGCGCAUAUAUCUUAUGGCUCGAUUCGUUGGACCGGUAUAGCGCCGGAAAACUCCAGGACCUUUCCGCAUUAACACCGGGACUUGGUAUUGUUUGGCUCUUCCUCACGUGUAUGUGGGCAGACAUGUUCCAGCUGAGAUGGUCGGCCAUCUUGAUCUCCCAGGCUUUUAAUAUCCUAGGAAAUGUCAUUUUGGCAGUUUGGAACGUGCCAGAGAGCCUCAAAUGGUUUGCUUGGUGUCUCCAGUAUUUUGGUUGGGCCAUGGCCCCGGUGCUGUAUUCAUGGCAGAAUGAAAUCUGCCGUCGAGACGCCCAGAAACGUGCUGUGGUUUUGGUCACAAUGAAUCGGAUGGGCUCUGCUUCUUUUGCGUACAUGUCUGUACUUGUUUGGAAGACUGUGGAAGCACCUCGAUUCUUGAAAGGUUACUCGUUCACCGCGGCAUGUGCGUUUGGUUUGUGUAUCUGGACUUUUGUUGUCUUGUACUUCUACAAAAGGCAAGAGCGGAUGUAUGCAAGGCAAAACGGCAUUGUAUUGUUUAACUCUGCUACAGAUCCCGAGCCAAUAGAGACUCGCAUUAGUAGCUCGGAAAGCGACGACAAGAAAUUGGACUAGUUCAAUAUCAGAGCGGCAGUAUUUAUUGACUUGACGCAUAGAAUAGUAUGUAAGAAGUGUAUCUUUGAAAGUUGUAUGCGCGAGCAGGCUCUGAAUUGAGUAUAUUUUCCCCGGAUAAGACAAGACAAGCAGUGCUAUCAUGCUGGAACUAUUGUCUCUGAAAAGUUAUCUAAAUAUUGCUUUGUAUAUUGUUCAUUUUUUGGUGUCUCUGAGGUUUUUUUAAAAUGAAGCCGCGACGAUCCCAUAGUAAAGCGAGUUUUUAAAUCCACU